UGGGAGGCAGGCCGGCAGGCAGACGGACUCGCAGGCGGGUGGUGGCGGCCGUGCUUGCUAGUGAGGGCGGGGAGCGAGUGAGUCAGUGAGCGUGUGUGAGGGAGAGGAGCCGCGAGCGAGCGGGCGAGCAGCCCCGCGCCGUCCUCCCGCAGCGCCCGCCAGGCCCCGCCGCCGCCGCGCCCAGGCCGGGCCGAGCCGAGCUGGGUCGGGCCCGGGCCAUGCUGCUCACCGUGUACUGUGUGCGGAGGGACCUCUCCGAGGUGACCUUUUCCCUCCAGGUCGACGCCGACUUUGAGCUGCACAACUUCCGCGCGCUGUGCGAGCUCGAGUCCGGCAUCCCCGCCGCCGAGAGCCAGAUUGUCUAUGCUGAAAGGCCUCUUACAGACAACCACAGAUCACUGGCUUCUUAUGGCUUGAAGGAUGGGGACGUUGUGAUUUUACGACAGAAGGAAAACACAGACCCUCGACCUCCGGUGCAGUUCCCAAACUUGCCCCGGAUCGACUUCAGUAGCAUAGCUGUGCCUGGCACAUCGAGCUCCAGGCAGCGCCAGCCAGCUGCAGUGAAGCCGUCCCACCCGUCUCCAGGAGAAACGUCCUCAUCGCCUCAGGGCCUGGACAACCCAGCCUUGCUCCGGGACAUGUUGCUGGCCAACCCGCAUGAGCUGUCCUUGCUGAAGGAGCGCAAUCCACCGCUGGCGGAAGCUCUGCUCAGUGGAGAUCUCGAGAGAUUUUCCAGAGUCCUGGUGGAGCAGCAGCAGGACCGAGCUCGGAGAGAGCAGGAAAGGAUUCGUCUGUUUUCUGCUGACCCUUUUGAUCUUGAGGCUCAGGCCAAGAUAGAAGAAGAUAUAAGGCAACAGAACAUUGAGGAAAACAUGACGAUAGCUAUGGAAGAGGCUCCGGAAAGUUUUGGCCAAGUAGUUAUGCUUUACAUUAACUGCAAAGUGAACGGACAUCCUGUGAAGGCCUUUGUUGACUCAGGUGCCCAGAUGACUAUUAUGAGCCAAGCUUGUGCAGAAAGAUGUAAUAUCAUGAGAUUGGUGGACCGUCGAUGGGCAGGGAUUGCCAAAGGAGUGGGCACUCAGAAGAUUAUUGGAAGGGUGCAUCUAGCUCAGGUGCAGAUAGAAGGAGAUUUCCUUGCGUGUUCCUUCUCCAUCCUUGAGGAGCAGCCCAUGGACAUGCUGCUGGGACUGGACAUGCUUAAGCGGCAUCAGUGUUCCAUCGAUCUCAAGAAAAAUGUCCUGGUGAUUGGCACCACUGGCUCACAAACCACCUUCCUUCCAGAAGGGGAGCUACCAGAGUGUGCUCGGUUGGCAUAUGGGGCUGUACGGCCAGAGGAGAUUGCAGACCAAGAAUUAGCAGAAGCCAUUCGAAAAUCAGCAGAGGAUGCAGAGAAAAAUGGUAAAGAAUCUACCUCAAUGGGAAUGUCAUCCUUACCAACUUUAGAUGGAUUUAAUCGCCCAGCCCGUUCUGCAGGCCAGAGUCCUGAGAUUGGUCAGUCCAUGAGUCUUGCUCCCUCUGUAUCUGCUCCAGACUGCCCUCUGGAACCAGGGGGCCCAGAUAGCAUUGAACCUAAAGCUGUGCCGCCUUGGGAAGCUUCAGCUGAGUUUCAGAUAAACUCUAAGAAUAAAGACCAUUUUCCUGUCCAGGAUCAUUCUGGGCAUGCUUCUUCAGCAGACCAGAGUUCAGUCAUGCCUUCUCAGAAUUCAUCCGAAGCAGCAGCUGUUGGGAGAAGUCUGGAGGUACCUGCUGAUACCCAGGGCCUCAGAAGUCAUGUCCACACACGACAGGAAGCUCAUUUGUCCCUCACAACUAUCCAGACGUUUUUAGGUUCUAAGGGUUGGCAUGUAGAGAAUCAGAAGCUGAGUCCAGUGAACAACCUCCAGCCCCACCAGGAACCGGAGAAUCAACAGCGUCAGGUCGCACAUCGGAAUGCUGUGUGUGACAGGGGGAGCCUUGAGCUUCCUGGGGAAAGGCAGCAGAAGCAAGAAGCUGCCAGUGUGGAAACCACGAUGAAAGGAGAUGAGCUGCAGCAGGUGGAUCUUCCAGAUACAGGGGAGAGUUUUCUACUUUCAGAAUGCUUUGGCCACUCAAAUUCAGAAACAAUUAUGGAAAUAGAUAUAGUUGAACAGUCCCCAGUUACUGUACUUAAUUCCACACACAGUCAGAAUGCCGAUGUCCGAAAUGUUAGUGCAUCUGAUCUUGCUUUAGAUAACCCCUUGAUGGAAGUAGAGUUAUCAAAAUGUAACCCUUCAUCUGAAAUGCUGAACAAUUCCUUUUCCAGUCAGGGUCCAGAGCCCCCAGAAGGUAAUGUUGAAAUGUCUGGAACACAUAAAGAAUGUGGGAGGUGUGCCCCCUCCUGCAGUGUCUGUGACAACAGUCGACCCCCUUUGGAGUCCACAGAAGAACCUUGUUCGUCUGAAACGACAGCCUUGAAAGAACUUCAUGAGCUUUUGGUCAUUAGUAGUAAACCAGCUUCAGAAACUAUAUUUGAAGAGGUUAUAUGUCAAUCAGAGAGAACAGCGGAAGGGCAAACGGGUAUUGACAGCCUUUCUGAAAGAUGGACACAAAACGAGCAUCUUAGAUGCCAGGAUGAAGAGAGUUCACAAGUCUUGCAUGAGACCAUAUCUGUGUCAGGGAAGACAGAAAAAUUAACAGGCACUUCACCUGGUGCUGGAAUAGAAGAUAGAGAAAAUACGAACUUCCAGGGUCUAGGUGGUGGCCUGUCAGCUGAUGAAGGUGACCCCAAAUCUAGGAAGUCAGUAGGUGAGAACGGCUCUGUUAGUUUAUCCUCAGCUGAAACAUCUACUCAGUUAGACUGCACCUCGGGUAUAGAAAUCACAGGUGAGGAGGAUACACGCGGUCAGACUUGUGAGCAAGCCAAGGCUUUGCCAUCCAGUUUCGUGUUGGUUAAAGACUUGUGUCAGGGCAUACAGAAUCCAAUAACAAACAGGCCUGAAACCAGAGAAAAUGUGUGUCCUGAAGCUGCAAGACCAGUUUUUGAUUUUGACUCACCUACCAGCCAUUCAUCAGGUCCCUCUGUUCUUCCUCCAUUUGUUUUUCCUGCUGCGGAUAUUGACCGCAUUCUCCGUGCUGGCUUUACUUUGCAGGAAGCCCUUGGGGCUUUGCAUCGAGUGGGUGGAAAUGCUGACCUUGCACUUCUUGUGUUGCUAGCAAAGAACAUUGUAGUCCCCACCUAACUGAAAAGUGGGCUAAACCAUGCUCCAUUCCCUGGAAAAAUGCUCUUUCUAUACACACAUGCACUCACACACACAUACUCUGUCUCCCCCACUUUCGCACUCACCACAUACAUAAUAUAUGUAGAAAUCUGCAAACAGAUUGUUGAGCCAGAUUUUUUUUUUAAGACUUUUUUUUUGGCCAAAGUAAUUUAUGAUCUCUUGUCUGAUGAAUUUGUCUCUUCUACUUGUUAAAAUUUGAAUCUUUUUAAAUGUAUUGGCAGUAUGUGCAUACAGAAGCUUUUUAUUCUCAUUAAGAUGAUGUGUUCUGGAAUAAAUUGGAUGGUUUUGUGUAUAGCACACCAUUUUAGAAUGAGUGAAUGCUUUGAAAGGCAGAAGCCAUAAGAAAUCUCACCAUGCAUGCAGCUGAAAACACCGCUUGUGUUUCUAUGCUGUAGGCAAGGUAUGACUUUGACUCAAUCACCUAGUUUGGUGUUUGGAAUUAUAUCCAGUGUUCUAUGUAUUAUGAUUCAUCAAUUAUUGCAAGAAGUUGAACAAUAA